CUGAGGCCACAGCACUGAGGGCCAGGCGGCUGGUCCUUUGCUCAGGGAGAGGACCCAGGGACGCCCCGGGAUCCCAUCGAGGUUCCCCCUCCUGUUUUUUUUUUUAAUUUCUCUCCUCUUGCUCCCCAUUCCCCGUCUGUGUGGCAGAGACAAUGCUACUACAGUUCGGAGCAGAGACAUAUGACCAACACAUGGAAAUGUGGUAAUUUGGAUCUGUUCGUGAUUGCAACAGAUUGAAGAAAUUAGACCAGACAAAGAGUGUUUUUAGAGGAAGAGGAGGAGGAGGCAAAGAGAGAGAGAGUGAGAGAGAGAGAGAGAGAGAGAGGGCGACAGGGUGAGAAAGGGGAGGAGGACCCCUCUGCGCAGGGGACACCGGCAUCCCAGCUGCCUGCUGUAAAUACGUCUGUAGGAAUGGAGAGAGAUCGCAUCACAGCCUUAAAGAGAUCGUUUGAAGUUGAGGAGAUUGAACCGCCCAACUCCACUCCGCCCCGGAGGGUCCAGACACCUCUGCUCCGAGCCACGGUGGCCAGCUCCAGCCAGAAAUUCCAGGACCUGGGGAUGAAGAACUCAGAGCCUGCUGCCCGCCUCGUAGACUCCCUGAGCCAGCGCUCCCCCAAGCCUUCCCUGCGGAGGGUGGAGCUGGCAGGGGCCAAGGCGCCGGAGCCCAUGUCUCGCCGCACAGAGCUCUCCAUUGACAUCUCCUCCAAGCAGGUGGAGAGUACCGCCUCAUCUGCCGGGCCCUCACGGUUCGGGCUUAAAAGGGCUGAAGUCCUGGGCCACAAGACCCCAGAACCUGUCCCUCGGAGGACGGAGAUCACCAUUGUCAAGCCUCAGGAGUCAGUGCUCCGCAGGGUGGAGACCCCUGCCUCCAAGAUUCCCGAGGGCUCUGCCGUGCCUGUCGCCGAUGCAGCCCCCAAGAGGGUAGAGAUCCAGGUGCCCAAGUCAGCUGAGGCACCCAACUGCCCGCUCUCGUCCCAGACCCUGGAGAACUCCGAGGCCCCGAUAUCUCAGCUGCAGAGCAGGCUGGAGCCCAGGCCCGCUGUGGCUGAGGUCCCAUAUCGGAACCAGGAUGACUCCGAGGUGACUCCCAGCUGUGUUGGUGACAUGGCUGACAACGCUAGAGAUGCCAUGCUCAAGCAGGCACCCGCGUCACGGAACGAGAAGGCCCCCAUGGAGUUCGGCUAUGUGGGCAUCGACUCCAUCCUGGAACAGAUGCGCAGGAAGGCUAUGAAACAGGGCUUCGAGUUCAACAUCAUGGUGGUUGGGCAGAGUGGCCUUGGGAAGUCCACCUUAAUCAACACCCUCUUCAAGUCCAAAAUCAGCCGGAAGUCGGUGCAGCCCACCACGGAGGAACGCAUCCCCAAGACGAUUGAAAUCAAGUCGAUCACCCACGAUAUUGAAGAGAAGGGGGUCCGAAUGAAACUGACAGUGAUUGAUACUCCAGGCUUCGGGGACCACAUCAACAAUGAGAACUGCUGGCAGCCUAUUAUGAAGUUCAUCAACGAACAGUACGAGAAGUACCUACAGGAGGAGGUCAACAUCAACCGGAAGAAGCGCAUUCCAGACACCCGUGUCCACUGCUGCCUCUAUUUCAUCCCAGCCACCGGCCACUCGCUCAGGCCCCUGGACAUUGAAUUCAUGAAGCGCCUAAGCAAGGUGGUGAACAUUGUCCCCGUCAUCGCCAAGGCUGACACGCUGACCCUGGAGGAGAGGGUCUACUUCAAACAACGGAUCACUGCAGACCUGCUGUCCAACGGCAUUGACGUGUACCCCCAGAAGGAGUUUGACGAGGACGCAGAGGACCGGCUGGUGAACGAGAAGUUCCGGGAGAUGAUCCCAUUUGCUGUGGUGGGCAGCGACCAUGAGUAUCAAGUCAAUGGCAAGAGGAUUCUGGGAAGGAAGACCAAGUGGGGCACCAUUGAAGUUGAGAAUACCACUCACUGUGAAUUUGCCUACCUGCGGGAUCUCCUUAUCAGGACGCACAUGCAGAACAUCAAAGACAUCACCAGCAACAUCCACUUCGAAGCCUACCGUGUGAAACGCCUCAACGAGGGCAACAGCGCCAUGGCCAAUGGGAUCGAGAAGGAGCCGGAAGCCCAGGAGAUGUAGAUGCAUCCCGCCCCUGGACCCCACCCCAGACCUUUUCAUCAUCCCUGGCCCACCCACCUACCCUGUCUUAUUUUAUAUAAUUAUCUCCAUUUGUCACCUGCCUCCAUCCAUCUCUUCCCACACUUUGCCAGGUAACAAAAGAGGGCUUACCUCCCAAGUGUGCUCUUAUUGGCUGCAGCAGCAGGGUGGGCGGGGCUACAGCCUGGGCUUGUCUCUGUGCUCUUCUUCCUCCCCACGUUGUGAAGGCUAGACUGGGCUCAGCCCCUGAGGGGUUAGAAGAGCUAUAUGUCCAUGCCCGCUCUGAGUUCUUAGCUGAAGCCUGUGGGUCCUAGGGGGUGCAGAGGAGCUCACUAGGCCACAAGACCCCAUGGCCACAGCCUCAAGCAGGUCCGAGGCUGCACCAGAGGAGGAUGGAGCUGGUGAGGUGUUCCUGGAGCCCCACUUGUUUUUCCAGAGGGCAUUUCUCACAGCACCCUCAGCUGCCUGCUCCUCAAGGGAACUAGAGACGUCACAGCCAAAGUUUCCAAUCACUUAGACAAAGUGACAACCGUGCCCCCGCCCCCGAGCUUGUCCUAGAACAGAAAGUGCCUUGAUCCACAAGAGCCAGUCACCUCUUCCCAGAUGUCCCUUUAGAUGAAAAGCGGGGACGUGCUGGAGAGGAGGGGUGUCUUUUCUCCCUCGCCCUUCGAUUCUCUUUCCCCUGCGCUGUAGAUAUCGCUAUUACACUGGGCUUUAAUUAUAAAAGACGAAGCAUGAAAGAUGCUCCCCAGCCCCGCCCCCAAUCUUAGGGAGGUCAAAGCAAGAAGAUGUGUCGAAGCUUUGAGGGAGGAAGCCAUGGGAGGAAGGCGUAAGGGUGCGUGGGAGCUCUCCUGCCCAGGGGCCGCAGAGGCGUACCUGUCUGGUCCUCAGUUUGGGCCAGGAUACUCUGGUUACAUUGGCCUCGCCCCGCCCGGCCCCACACACCCCAGGCACAAGCCUUGGUGAUUCAGUGACUGUACUGGGCGGGAACCAGAGACCUGACCAUUUCGUUGUCUACAUGAGCCUAGACCCCUGUGCCC